UUACCAAUUUUUAUUCACCGAAACUAAUAAGGAAAUUUCUAUAAUUCUACCCAAAAAUUCCGAUCUCCAACCUCAAUUUGCUAUAGCCAAACACACCGUAGGGGAAUAAUUUCAUAAACCAAUUUUUGUAAGAGAAGCCGGUUUCUGAUUGGUCAACUGGAAGACCCUCUCUUCCUUUCUCCGCAUCAUCGGGGAUUUGGAUGCCGAGUUCAAACCAUCUGGCGACUGGUGGUCUCGAUCAACAGAAUGAAGUGACUUAGUUUUGAUUUGUUUCGAAUCCAACAUUACUUUAUUCGAAUUCAACAUUACUUUUGUUCGAAUUCAGAUUUGGUUGGAUGUACAUAUUACAAGUUGAUCAAUACAGUACCAGACGCUAGAAGAGGAUCAUCUCCAAUGUCAAAACUCAAAGGAAAAGUCGUUUUCUCCUCUCCUGGUGAUUAUAUCUACUUCAAAUCGCAAGUUCCCCUUCACAAAAUCCCUGUUGUUUCUAAGCAAUGGAGAUAUUAUGAUUUUGGUCCAAAGAAGGUUCCUCCUCUUAUCUGCAUUCCUGGUACGGCUGGAUCAGCUGAUGUGUACUAUAAACAAAUAAUGGCGCUGUCAAUGAAGGGUCAUCGGGUCAUUUCUGUUGAUAUCCCUCGUGUAUGGAAUCAUCAAGAAUGGGUUCAUUCAUUUGAAAAGUUCUUAGAUAUAAUUGAUGUUCAUCAUAUCCACAUAUAUGGGACAUCACUUGGCGGAUUUUUGGCACAACUGUUUGCUCAACAUCGUCCAAGACGAGUCAAAUCAUUAGUACUCUCAAAUACUUUCUUGGAUACAAGUUCCUUUUCAAGAGCUAUGCCUUGGGCUCCUGUUGUGAGCUGGACACCUUCCUUCCUUUUGAAACGAUAUGUUUUGACGGGUAUACGUGAUGGCCCCCAUGAACCAUUUAUUGCAGAUUCUGUGGACUUUGUUGUAUCUCAGGUUGAAGCACUUUCAAAAGACGAUUUGGCAACAAGAUUGACUUUAACAGUUGAUUCUGCUUCAGUUGGACCUCUUCUGCUGCCAGAUGCAUCUAUUACUAUAAUGGACACAAAUGAUUAUUGUGCGAUCCCACAGCAGCUUAAAGAUGAAGUGAGUGAAAGGUAUCCUGGAGCGAGGCGAGCAUACUUAAAAUCAGGGGGCGACUUUCCAUUCUUGUCACGCCCUGAUGAAGUUAAUUUGCAUCUUCAGCUGCAUCUUAGACGUGUUGGAGUAGAACCUCGGCCAGACUUGGUCCAAGGUGGUCCACAACCUCAUGUUAGUAACAGUCAUCAUGAAGAACAGCAGAGAGAAUGUGAUGAUCACCGAUCCAAAGAUGUUGGAACUUCAAGAAAUCCGUCGAAUAUUGAACUGCAAGAUGAUAACCCAACAAACAAUGAUGAACAAGAAGUAAUUGACCUGCUUGAGGGCAUUGAAGGCAGUUGUACAGGUCCAUUACGAGUAGAUGAUGGCGAUGAUAAAGAUGAUCCACUCGGAGAUGAUAGCGAAUAUUCUAGAGGUCCGUCAAUAAGCAAUGAGGCAGUGCACACUGUCGAACCACUCUAGGAUCCUUUUGAAAGUGCAAAAGCCGAUGACUCUCCCAAGAUUCUUGCAGAAGUUCUUUUCAUCCUGAUGACUUAUUUUCGAAUGUCCCAUUGUUUUGGUUUCCUAUGUGUUUCCUAUUUUCAUGGGCGCAUUGUACAUUGUAGUGUGCAUUCUCGUACUCCUAAAUGUAAAUAAUUUAUAUGUUGUGUGCAUGAACGUUUGCAAAGUUCUGUUUGAGCUAACCUAAACUGAAGCUAUUUGCUGUAGUUAUGUACUCGCUGCUUUUGUUUGUUGGAGUGUA